AUUUGCAUACAAAAACUUUACUUUCUUUAUGUUGGUGUUCCGCCUGACUGUCAUUUGCAUGUGACAGUUGGUUUUAUUUUUGGAAGUUAUUCAAUAAAUUUUAAAGUAUAUCCAGUAAAAGCUGUUAAAUAAACGUUAAAAUGUCUGCUGAGGAUGCCAGAGUCAGUCUUACCGGUAAAUUUGGCUUGAAGCCGCUGACCAAAGAAAAUUUAUUGUUUUAUUACCUGCCGGUUCAGGGUACACUCAGCUACACAGCUCUGUCUAUAAAUGUUAUGAACCCGUCAUUAGUUUUAAGAAUAUUCCCACGCAGAGAUAUCACAAACGUCCUUUUGUUCAACACAAUAUUAGGCUCUGGAUUGUAUCUAUACAACAGGCCACACCUAAGCGCCCUAACCACCAAAGAAAAACUCUUAUACAGUUCUUUUGGAGCUGUAACAUUCUCCUUGGGUUCUGUUCUUAUUUGGGCAAUCGUAAGAAGCAUUGUGCCUCAGAAUGUGGCUCUUUGCACGGCCUGCGGAAUUGGAUCUGGAGUGGCUUUAAUCAAAAUCGCUCGCACCUAUGCCGAACAUGCUGACUCGUUAGUCAAAAAAGCAUAAGUACUUUUUAUCAUUUUUGUUGUAAUUAUUUGUAUUUGUUAAUAAACCCUAUGUAAUCUGAGUGGUUAAUUUUACAGGCCUCGGUGUAAUGUACAGCAAAUUUUCAUACACUUGCAGCCGAUUUACUUGUUUACCUUCAAGGGGUAUUCUUGUGUCUAGGUUGUAGAAAAACGCGAAUAAGUAUAGUAAUAGGUAACGACCCACUAUAAAACCAAAUAAGGUUUGUCCUAAGGGCUCAUUUAAUUGUUUUCGGACCCAUUCAAAUAUGUUGCAACAGCUUAUGCAGAACAUUGUGGAAAAUAUCAUGCUAAA